AUGUCGCUGAAAUCGUCAAGUUCCACACGGACGAUCAUUGCAACGCAAACACCAAGGCACAUAGGGGAAAACGGAGACAAUCUAGUCCCAGGAACCGCGAGAACCAGUGCAAGUGGCACAUCUCCGUUUGUGGUCAUACCCCCUCCUAGCAUCAUAGGCGAGGAAAAUGCUGACGUUGCCAAUAUCACACAACCCCAAGGAACUGGGGCAAUUCCACACCGAAACGCUGUCAAUGUCGAGAAAAACAACGCUGGUACCGUGAUCGCUGCUAGACGUAACCCUAUUCGCAAUGUUAGAAGAAAUCGUGAUUACCAGUGUCAGUUGUGUGAAGAGCGUGAUGAUAAUCAGAUGGUGCAGUGUGAUGGUUGCGAUCGAUGGUUCCAUUUCGUAUGUGUGGAAGUUUCAGAAGAUAUCGCCAACGUCAGUUGGGUCUGUCCGGAAUGUAAGGACGUACUCAUUCCCCUCACCAGUACUUCCACCACAACGACUGGUCAGCAACAACAAAAUCCCCCCCUAAAGAAGACCAAUACAGUACGAACCAAGAGCAAAGCCAGUUCUUCUCGCAGUGAGGCUAGAAGGCUGAAAGAACUUGAGCUGAAAAGACUGGAAGAGGAGUUCGAGAUGGAGAAGCGUUUUCUGGAACGAAGGUACAAUGUACUUAAGGAGUACAGUAGCGAAACAUCAACCGAGGUCGAUGACGUCGAAGAUCAUGUAUCGAGGAUUGCAGAGUGGUUAGCUGAAUCGAAACACCAAGGGGAAGAUUCUGGAUCAGUAACGCAGGAGACGAAUUGGCCACCGAACACGUCGGAUAGGCCUGAGAAGCACCAAGCUUCAGAUGUCGUCCAGUGCAAGCGAAAUCCAUCAAUUUUCCGUACGAAUCAACUCGGUCAGCGUCGGUCAGAGCCAGUUUUGCAGUCUGAACAGCAGUAUCACUCAUGCCAGUCAUCCACCACGUCGGUUGCAGCUCCAGAAAGGCAGUACGAACUUCAUUCAUCGGAUGCUCAUUGUUGGCAAACUGCACAUUCGCAGUUCCACGAUAAACCAACGUUCUUCCAUAGGAAGAUUUCGAAUACACAUUUUCGCCAACAAGCAGCUGAUAUUCCUGAGUUUGGACAGUUGAAUAUUCACGCUAAAGCACCGCUUGCACCUGAAGCAAAUCCUAGUGCACAGAGUGGCUACCCGCAGCAAGCGCAGCCACAAUUACAUGCCAGACCAUCGUUCGUUCCUUCCAUUAAUGCAGGUAUCAAUGUCAACGAGUUCGCUCCAGGUCAGUAUUCAACUCCAAAACAAUCGACUAAUCCGAGAUUAUACCCGGCAGCAACAACCGCAGACGAAACAUUCUGCAUUCUGAACCGGAACCAAAUUGCAGCACGGCAGGCGGUGUCCAAGGAUCUGCCUGAAUUUGACGGAACACUAGAGGACUGGCCACUAUUUUACUCUACGUUUAAUUCGUCCACACAGAUGUGUGGUUUCACGAACGAGGAGAAUAUGCUGAGAUUACGCAAGUGCCUGAAAGGUAAGGCUUUGGAAGCAGUAAGAUGCGAGCUACUUCACCCGUCAAACGUAGCGGAUGUUGUGUCGACUCUGAAAAUGCUUUUUGGGCGAUCAGAUGCAAUUGUCCAGUCGAUCGUCAAGAAGAUCAGGAGUCUACCUCCACCAAACAUGGAGAAACUCGAGACGGUGGUGAAUUUUGCACUGGCUGUGAAGAAUAUGGUUGCGACAAUCCGAGCCUGUGCUGUAGACGACUUUGUCUUCAACGCAUCACUCCGAUACGAAUUAGUAGAGCGGUUGCCGUCAAGCCUAAAAUUAGACUGGGCGAGGUUUGUUCGGAAUAACCCAAACCCAGAUCUUGUAAACUUCAGUGCGUGGCUGUACACUAUAGCGGAGGAUGUAAGUUCAGUGAUGGUUACUACAAGUCGUGAUCAGCGAUGUCGUGGUACCAAGAAGGAUGGGUUUCUAAAUCUUCACUCUGAGUCAGAGUCCAGCAGCUCGGAACCGACCGAAGCGUCUACCAAGCCGAAGUCGAUUGCACCAAAGGAAACUGUCGAAGCUGAAUGUGUAGUGUGCAAGGGAAGCUGUUCGAACGUGGCGAAGUGCAGUAGAUUCGAAUGCUUGAGUUACGACUCGAAGUGGGCAACUGUGAAGGAGUGCAGACUUUGCCGCAAAUGUCUUCGUAAGCACAAUGGCUCAUGUAAACAACAGAAGAAAUGUGGUACAAACGGAUGUACGUACCUGCACCAUCCUUUACUCCACAACCCGGUGAACCAUCAAACAUCAACACAAUCGACAUCGCAACAUACUACUGAUUGCCUUCCACAUUCGGAAGGAUCAGAACCAAGCUGCAAUUUGCAUCAGGGACAGUCCACAGUGCUAUUCCGCAUCGUUCCAGUCGUAUUGUACGGACCAAAAAAAGUUGUGCCGACUUAUGCGUUUAUCGACGAUGGAUCUGAGCUAACUCUUAUGGAGCAGAGUUUGGCAGAGGAAUUAGGCGUUGAAGGACCCAAAAAAUCUCUGUGCUUAAAGUGGACUGGCGGUACUCGAAAGUUAGAGAAUGAGUCGCAACAGGUGAAUCUACAAAUCUCCGGGGCGCGAAGCUCAAAGAAGUACGAUCUGGCCGGAGUCUACACUAUGUCUUCUCUACAAAUUCGUCCACAAACGUUGCUGCUUUCCGUGUUGCAGAGGAAGUAUCCACAUCUGUCUGGAUUACCGCUUGAAUCAUAUCAUGACAUAAGUCCGCGAAUUCUAAUCGGUUUGGAUAACACCGAUCUCGGACACGGAUUCAAGAGUCGUGAAGGAAAGCCAAACGAACCGAUCGCUGUAAAGACGCGCUUGGGUUGGAUGGUUUAUGGUAACUGUACUGGCAAGCAAGAUAGAAUCGGAUACUUAAACUACCACAGCGUUCAAACCUGUGAGUGUAAUCGGGAGUACGACGAUGGCCUCCAUAAAGCGAUGAAAUCAUACUUUGCGCUUGAUAGUCUCGGAAUCAUCAAACCAAGCAAGCUUCUUCUUUCAAAGGAAGAUCAGCGGGCGCAAUCUUUGUUGGAAUCUCUGACACGUCCUAUGAAUAACCGUUACGAAUCUUGCCUUCUCUGGAAAUACGAUCGCGUCCGUCUUCCGGACAGUAAAGGGAUGGCUUUCAGACGUUGGAAGUGUUUAGAAACUCGGAUGAUUAAGGAUCCCGAGCUUGCCGAGGCACUUAAAUUGAAGAUGCACGAACAUAUUAGCAAGGGCUAUGUGAGAAAAUUGAUUCCAGAAGAACUGCACGAAUCGCAUGCUCGAAUUUGGUACCUGCCAAUUUUCGUAGUGAUGAAUCCCAACAAGCCUGGAAAGAUACGCUUAGUGUGGGAUGCUGCAGCCACUGUGCACGGUGUUUCACUGAACUCAGUUCUCUUGAAGGGCCCCGAUCAAUUAACAUCGCUUCUGUCCGUACUGAUUCGUUUUCGUGAGUUCCGGGUGGCGGUAUGCGGUGACAUCAGAGAAAUGUUCCACCAAAUACAAAUGUUGCUGGAAGAUCAGCACUGCCAGCGUUUCUUUUGGAUGGACGACGAUGAGUCAGAACCAAGUGUCUAUGUUGUACAGGUGAUGACCUUCGGUGCCUGCUGUUCUCCAAGCACUGCACAACACGUCAAGAAUACCAAUGCGAAGAAGUUUGAACAGGAUUACCCAGACGCAGUCGACGCUAUCAUCAAACGGCACUAUGUCGAUGACAUGCUCGUGAGCACGGAAACAGAAGAAGAAGCCGUGAAGUUGGCUCAAGAUGUAAAGAAAAUCCAUGAACAUGCCGGGUUCGAAAUACGCAACUGGAUCUCCAAUUCUGCCAUGGUCCAGGCGACGUUGAAAGGAGCAGCAACGGAGGAGAAAAAUCUGAAUAUCGGCGAGGAGGCAACGACAGAAAAGGUGCUUGGAAUGUGGUGGAACACAUCAAAUGAUUGUUUCACGUACAAAUUGUCUUCCCGGUAUGAUGAAGCACUUUUAUCCGGUAGCCAUCGACCAACGAAGCGGGAGGUUCUCCGGACGCUGAUGAUGAUCUACGAUCCCUUAGGCUUCAUUGCACAUCUUCUAAUGUUCCUGAAAGUGCUUCUGCAGGAAAUUUGGAGAACGUCGGUUGGCUGGGAUGAUCCAAUUGAAGACUUGCAGUUUGAGAAGUGGCUGAAGUGGUUGGCAGUAUUUCCGGAUAUGAGACUUGUUGAAGUACCUCGAUGUUACCGAUCAUUGACGUCAGUAGAAGCUGAAGUAGAGAUGCACACAUUCGUCGAUGCAAGCGAAAACGGUUUUGCGGCAGUAGUUUACCUCCGAUUCCGAGAAGGGAACGUGAUCGAAUGCGCUUUGGCGGGAGCAAAAACCAGAGUGGCUCCACUGAAGUUCCUGUCCAUCGCACGGUCCGAGCUACAAGCAGCGCUACUCGGAGUUCGAUUAGCGGAUACUAUACUGGCGUCCCUCUCCAUCAAGAUCUACAAACGGUACUUCUGGACAGAUUCCAAAGAUGUCCUCUGUUGGCUGGCAUCCGAUCAUCGGCGAUACAGCCAGUUCGUGGCUUUUCGGGUCAGUGAAAUAUUAGAAUCGGCCGACGUCAACGAAUGGCGAUGGGUCCCAACGAAGCAGAACGUCGCUGAUGAAGGAACAAAGUGGACACGAGUUCCUGAUUUUUCCAGUGAUAGCCGGUGGUUCCGUGGACCAGAUUUUCUGAAAGAAGACGAACAUGGCUGGCCAGUAACCCCUAGCUUCAAAAAAUCAACGGAUGAAGAGAUUCGGCCACACCUGCUUAUCCACGCAAUGCAAAUGGAUCCGGUGAUACGUGUGCAAGAUUAUUCCAAGUGGAUUCCUCUUCUUCGUCGGACGGCAUACAUAUUUCGCUACGUAGAAAAUCUUAGGCGUUCCAUGAGAAAGGAACAACGCACCUGCGGACCAUUGAUUCAGCAAGAGUUGGCUAAAGCGGAAAACUAUCUGUUCCGAUUAGCACAGUCGGAAGCCUACGCUGAUGAAAUCGCUACGUUAUCCACACGCGACUCUACAACAGACCCGCAAAGGAAGAUCGUCCGAAACGACCCGCUCUUUCGCAGUGCUUUCUUGGAUGACAACGGAGUUGCUCGAGUCCGAGGUCGAACUAAGGCAUGCUCAUUUGUUGACCGUGAUGCAGUUGAACCGAUCAUUCUUCCUCGCCAUCAUCAUAUUACACGACUGAUUGUCUCUGACACUCAUGAGCGGUUGAACCACCAGAACCAUGCUACAAUUAUCAACGAACUUCUUCAUAUUCCUAGGCUGAAAGCGACUUACUACGCCAUUCGGAAAGAUUGUCAGCAGUGUAAGAAUGAUCAAGCAAGACCGCAGCCGCCAAUGAUGGGUGAUCUUCCACAAUCACGUCUGGCUGCGUUCAGUCGACCUUUCACUUACAUGGGGGUGGAUUAUUUUGGUCCGAUACUAGUCUCGGUGGGCCGACGAUCUGAAAAGCGUUGGGGGGUCCUCGCUACUUGUCUCACUACUUGCGCCAUCCACCUGCAACUCGCUCACACACUGACCACGGAUUCGUGUGUAAUGGCAAUUCGGAACGUCAUGGCUAGGAGGGGAGUUCCCGCUGUUAUCUAUAGCGACCGUGGAACCAAUUUCCAAGCUGCUAGCAAGGAACUCAAAGCAGCAAUGGAGCUACUCGACCAUGACAAGCUAGCGAACGAAUUCACUUCAAGCUGCACUCAGUGGACCUUCAUCCCACCGGGUUCGCCACAUAUGGGUGGAGCGUGGGAACGGCUGAUUCGCAGCGUCAAGCUGAACCUAGCUAAAGUACAAACUAGCAGACUACCUACCGACGAAGUGUUGCAGAAUGCGUUGGUGGAAGUUGAAAAUACCAUCAACUCACGACCACUGACCGACAUUCCUGUAGAUGACGAUGAAUCGCCCGUUUUGACGCCCAACCAUUUUCUGCUGGGGUCAGCAAAUGGCUUAAGGUCGUGGGUUCCCAUCGAUGACAGUCCUGUGAUGCGGAGGAACUGUUGGGCUCAGUCUCAGAUCAUGGCUGACAUGUUCUGGAAGCAGUGGGUAAGAGAUUAUCUGCCCACCAUUACGCGUAGAACCAAGUGGUUUACACCAGCGAAACCAAUCACUGUUGGAGAUAUCGUAGUGAUCGUCGAUCCGAAGCUGUCCCGAAAUUGUUGGCCUAAGGGUAGAGUUAUCGCUACGCAUCAAGCUCCCGAUGGACAGGUACGUUGGGCAACCGUACAAACAGCGUCUGGUGGAAUAUACGAGCGCCCGGCGGUUUCAUUGGCUGUGCUCGACGUAGGCGUUAGGACGAAUACGCUAUUGGAUGAUCCUUCGCGCAUUCCGGGGGGAGUGUUGACUACGCCCCGUCAGAAUCAAACGUGA